AUGACAGGAGAAGCCGACAUAUUCCAAACGACGGUUGGUGAGCCAUCGUCUGAAGCGACGUUGCCUCCUGGACUCCCUGGAUAUGGUGUUGGCGGUGAUGGUACUUCUUCCACGGAUGAAACAAGGGAGAUCGAUUCCACCACCACCAUCAUCACCCCUUACCAUACUAGCGCACUAUCUUCUGACUAUUCCUCGGAAGUGGAGGACGCUUCGAUUGCCCCAGCCCAAGAAGAAGAAAAGGAGGUCAUCGCCUUGUCCGCGUCUGAACCAUUGUCGUCUUCCUUGACUGCUGCGGAGCCGCUCGAGCCCACCAAGAUCAGCAUCUUCCCAAGUACAUCGACAGGAUCGAUGCUGGAGCGAGAGCCUUCACGAAAGGAGGGCAAGGAAGGUAAGGGUGCCUUCCUCCUGCAUCGGAUUGGUGUUCGAAAGAACAGCUUCACCGAGUCGCCCUCCCCUUCGUCUGUAACAGCAGCAGUCCUCUCCCCCAUGGACUCGUCUGACACUAGCAGCAUCCGCUCUCAAUCGACUCAACGCUCCGCAGGAUCAGGAUCAGGUCUUCCACAACACAAGCUGUCCAAGCGGUCGACCAAACUGUUGGGCAAGUUUGUCCCCAAGUUCCUUCAGACAUCAUUCUCGCCCUCGCUUUCGACACCUGGCAGCAACACAUCCCCUUGUCUUCAAGCUGUCGGCCAUUCACCCCUGUCAUCGCGCUCGAGCCGGUCAGGAAGCAUUAGUGGACAGAGCCACAGUCCCACCAACAAACCAUUGUCUGCCGACGAGACCAGGACUGGGGGAAGUUCGACACCAUCGUCGAACAAGAGCUCGCACGAGUCGCUUGUAUUGGACACUACCUGCGACAUGGACUCGUUAUCGCCUGGGUACGUACACAUGGACGCCACCUCACCGCAGUACCUGGAAUUCCUUCGAUCGGACACACAUAUCAGCCCUUCCAUCAUGGCCCGUCGCUCCUCUUGCUCAUCGGCGACAUCCAAGAUGUCUGGCAACUCGUUUGGAUCCAAACCCUCAGCAUCUUCCGUCAGCUCCUUUGACCCCUCAGAGAAUACUGAGUUCAGGCGACACAGCGGAAGCGCAAAGGGUGGUGACAGCAUGUUUGCUUUUGAGGUCGAGUACGACGAGGAAGAUGCUGAAGAGGAUCAGGAGGUCGAGGAAAUUACCGCCGCUGCUGCCGCCGCCGCCGCAGCAGCAGCGAUGAAUGCCGACGAGACCGUCAAUGACUACGACCCACCAUUGUCUCCCUACAUCAUCGACGAGGACUGCGACGACGACUUUUUCCUCAACUCUGUCCUCCGCAAGAAAUCCAACCCGUCGAUGACUAUGGACUACAACGAGCAGCAGCAGCAGUGUGGGUUUACUCCUGUGAUGAUGAGCUCCUACCCCUCUGGAACAACCAUGUCUAGCAUUCACUCCUCGGCCACCACCCCUUCUUUGUCGGGAUGGUCCAGCACAUCCUCACAGGCAUCAACUCCUUCUCCAACAUCGCCAUUGCUCUUGAACGGUCAAGUCUACCCAUUCCCUGUCACUGCUCCUCCACCAGCUGCUAUUUCUGCAAUGGGCGUGAAAUCUUCCAGCAAUACGACCAUGCAUCUGCCCUACCGGUCCAACCCAUUGCCUCCCCCGAUCAAGCUUGGUCUCGACGAGAAGCGGAGUCGUCUUCGGGAUGCUGUUGGCGAGUGGCGACGAUCCGCCAACAUCUCCAACUAA